CAAGGAAGCAAAGCGACCAUCGUUAUUAUAUGCUUAUCUCCUAGUGAACGAUCUGUAAACUCUGUAGAAUUGUGACGAAGGCUUCGUUUUGAAUGUGAUUAUUGAUUAAGAACAAGUUUAAUAUGUAGCAACUGUUGUAUUACUUAAGGAAUUGUAAAGUCAAAGCCUCCUUCAGAAAAAAUGGAGCUGAAACCGGGUUUGUCAGCUUUAGUCACUGGCGGUGCCUCUGGGAUUGGUAAAGCUCUAAGCUUAGCUCUUGGAGGGAAGGGAAUAUUUGUAACGAUUGUCGAUUUUUCUGAAGAUAAGGGAAAGGAAGUUGCAAGCCUUGUGGAGAAAGAAAAUGCCAAGUUCCAUUCUAACUUGGGAUUUCCAUCAGCUAUUUUUAUUAGAUGUGAUGUCACCAACACCAGAGAUAUAGCUGCUGCAUUUGAGAAGCAUGUAGCAACAUAUGGAGGGUUGGAUAUCUGUAUCAACUGUGCUGGCAUAGGCAAUCCUAUUCCUUUCCAUAAGGAUCAAACUGAUGGAACACAUUCAUGGAGACUCACCAUUGAAGUGAAUCUUAAUGGAAUUAUUGAUUGCACUCGUCGAGCGAUUGGAAUUAUGCAAUCUAUGAAAAAGCCUGGAGUGAUCAUAAAUAUGGGUUCAUCAUCCGGUCUUUAUCCGAUGUAUGCGGACCCUAUCUACUCAGGCUCUAAAGGUGGGGUUGUUCUAUUUACCAGAUCACUGGCUCCCUACAAACGUCAGGGAAUUCGUGUCAAUGUGCUUUGCCCUGAGUUUGUUCAAACUGACAUGGGCUCUAGAGUGGAUCCUAAAUUUGUUGGUUUGAUGGGAGGCUUUGUGCCCAUGCAAAUGGUGGUGAAAGGUGCUUUUGAGCUUAUUAGCGAUGAGAGUAAAUCUGGUUCAUGCCUAUGGAUUACAAAUCGCAGAGGCUUGGAGUAUUGGCCCUCCCCAACUGAAGAAGCAAAAUACAUGGUGCGUUCUUCAAGUUCUACGAAGAGGUCUUCAGUCAUCAUCCCUUUGAAUCUUAACCUCCAACUUCCACAUAGUUUUGAGAAAAUAGUUGUUCACACCUUGACUCAUGAUUUUCGAAAUGCAACCCGCAAAGUCCAAGCUCCGUUGAGAUUACCUAUUAAACCAAAUCAUGUUCUCCUCAAAAUCAUUUAUGCUGGAGUAAAUGCUAGCGAUGUUAAUUUCAGUUCAGGUCGUUAUUUCUCUGGCAACAAAUCUGUCAGCUCUCAUCUUCCAUUUGAUGCUGGCUUUGAGGCAGUGGGUAUAAUUGCAGCAGUUGGGGAUGCUGUCAUUGACUUGAAAGUUGGCACUCCAGCUGCCAUCAUGGUUUUUGGGGGCUAUGCGGAAUAUGUCAUGGUUCAUUCCAAACACAUCCUUCCUGUGGCCAGACCAGAUCCAGAAGUUGUUGCAAUGCUUACUUCAGGACUAACAGCGUCAAUUGCUCUAGAAAAGGCUGGACAGAUGGGAUCUGGGCAAAGAGUUUUUGUUACUGCUGCUGCCGGAGGGACUGGGCAAUUUGCAGUCCAGCUUGCAAAAUUAGCAGGAAAUACAGUAGUUGCAACUUGUGGGGGAGAUAAAAAGGCACAGCUUUUGAAAGACCUAGGAGUUGAUCGUGUCAUAAAUUAUAAAGCUGAAGAUAUCAAAUCUGUUCUAAUGCAGGAGUUUCCCAGAGGCUUUGACAUCAUUUAUGAAUCUGUUGGUGGUGACAUGUUUAACUUGUGCUUGAAUGCUUUGGCAGUCUAUGGACGACUUAUUGUGAUUGGAAUGAUUUCCCAGUAUCAAGGAGAAAAAGGAUGGCAGCCAUCAAAUUAUGCUGGACUAUGUGAAAAGAUAUUAGCAAAAAGCCAAACAGUGGCUGGUUUUUUCCUGAUACAUUAUGGUCACCUGUGGCAAGAACAUCUGGACAGACUCAUCAAUCUUUACUCUACAGGAAAGCUUAAGAUUUCCAUAGAUCCAAAAACGUUUUUAGGUCUUGAUUCUGUCGCAGAUGCAGUGGAAUAUCUUCAUUCUGGUAGAAGCGUUGGCAAGGUGGUUGUCUGUGUAGAUCCAACUUUCAGUCAACAAAUGGCAAAAUUAUGAGUAAUAAACUUCUGCCAAAUCAUCCUUUACAUGCAAUUCUUAUUUCUUGAUACAAAACAGUAAGUACAGGGAAAUUCAGAUCAGGCUUUACUGUAUACAUAUCCUUGUCUUUCUUAUAGUUGUUCUGACCAAGUAGCCACUAAUAAAUGUGUGUGUCUAGCAAAAACAAAACUUUGAAUUAGAUGAUAACAGUGGAUUUACGAAGUUUGAGCCAUAAAAUUGACACUACUAUUACUUCUUGAAAUAAUCUUAAUCUUCAGUUCUUUCUUUGGAAAA